GUGGUGUAUAUGCGAGGGUAUGUUCGUCCGUUACCCGAUAAAAUGAGGGCGUCAUUUAGCUUGGAACAAUUAAACACGAAGUGACAAAAAAUUCCAAUAAAUGAGAGGAUGAUUACUUGAUAGGGUAAACCUAAUAAAUUCAUCCUAUAAACACCAUGAUCAAUUUUGAUGGAGAUGAAUAGAUGAUACAUAAUACAGUACUUACAAUAUACGGAAACCUUUGAGAAGAUUUGAGAAGCCCACGAUCCUCCGAUGGCUUCCUUCGAUUCUCACCGCAACAAUGGCGAUCCUUUAGAGGAGGAAGACGAAGAAGAGUACGAAGAAGUUGAGGAAGAAGAAGAGGUUGAAGAAGAAGAAGAAUAUGAAGAGGUAGAAGAAUAUGAGGAAGUUGAAGAAGAAGUAGAAGAGGAGGCAGAAUUCGAAGAGUUGGAGGAAGAAGCUGCAGAAGAGGAAGAAGUUGCAGAAGAAGAAAAAGUUGCAGAUGAUGAUGUUGAGGAAGAGGAGGAAGAAGUAGAAGAAGAAGAAGAGGUUGAGGAAGAAGAUGAAGAAGAGUACGAGGAGGUUGAGGAAUACGAAGAGGUUGAAGAAGAAGUAGACGAAGAAGUAACGGAUGAUGAAGAAGAUGCAACAAUGGCGGAACAAGGUUCGAAUUUGGGUAAAGAGGAUGCGAAUUUGGCGGAACAAGAUGUAAAAAUGGCGGAAAUCGAAGGCGAUGACAACGACGGAGAAGGAGAAGGGGAAAUCAAUGAUGUCGCAACUGCAAUUGCUGCUGCGAAAUCGAAUUCGCCAGUCUACGAUGAUAGCCAAGAUGUUGAAACCAAAGGAGGUGAGGUAUGCUUGAGAUCAGGACAUACAAGUGAAGUAAAGUCUGAAGCAAGUAUUCUAUAUGAUACCUACGCUGCAGAAACUUGCUGUGACCGAAAUUCAUCACCUAAAUUGCAGAAUGCGGAUGAGUCGGGGAUCCCUUCAAUUGAUGUUGGGCGUUACAAAUCUUCAAAAUUGUACAAACAUAUCGCUGGCCCUCUUAGUAAUGGAAGUGAUGCUGUGGAAGAGAAACAGGGGCAUGUAGAACAAUCAAUUCUAGUUUCUACCUCUGAGACGCAUGUUUCUGCUCCUCAUGCUGUUAGUGAUCAAUUGGGUAAUAUGGAGACUGCUGAUGUUGAGGAGUCUAAGCUGCUUUCUGAGGAGGCAGAUCAUCAUUCCCAGUCAAGACAAGACAUGAACCAUAAAGACUCAAGAUCGUGGUUUCCCCGAGUGAGGCCAAGGAGCUUGUCAUCUGGCGCUGAAUGCGAGGAUGGAAGUAAACGACCUGCGAUUAUUUGUGAGUAUUUCGUUAAAGGUUGGUGCAUCAAAGGGAGUUCCUGUAGAUUUCUUCAUAAAAGAGAUCAUGAAAAUGCUACGCAAGUAGAGGGAGGUGUGCUGCUCACUAAAAGUGAGCUUUCACCUGAUAAAGGUUCUGGAGAUAAUAUAGGAAAGGGUAUUCAAGAAGAGUGUGGAGUGGGAUCUCGUCAAUAUGAAGAUACAGAUACGAAUGCCUUGCUUGAGAGAAAGGUUUCAUCUUCCCUAUUUUCUAUUGAUUUCAAGAAUUUUCCGUCUUGUAAAGAUGGCUCUAGGCCAAUCUCUACCUCCAGGGAGGUAGAAGUAGAUAACCAUGGCUUGUCAGUUGCUGAAAGCAGUUCUAUACCCUGGCAGAAUUUCUGCUCUAGGUUUGGAUCUUCAAUGAGGGAAUUAGGAGUUUCUUCUGGCUUGGAUUCUAUCUCGAGGCUAGUGGAAGAAUCGGCUGCUAUGCGAAGGCGUUAUUCAUUGGAUGCUCAGAGUUCUGUGCCUCCUUACCAUUUCUCUAGUUGGAAAAACACUUCUUUACUGCGUAACUCUCCCUUGUAUUCAGGAUCUAAUUCAGCAAAGUAUUCUGAUUCGAGUUAUACACUGGAUAGGCUUCUCUCUUUCAAGUAUAAGAAGGCUUUUACUCCCUAUAACUGGGAGCCAUCUGUCCCCUUUCAAUCCUCCUAUUUCAAACCUCCAGUAAAUAAAUCUUCAGAUGUUCCAUAUGACCCUUUUCGUGAUAGCAUUGAGAAAUCUGAUAUUGGACGUGAAUCCGUUAGGCUUUCUUCUUGUGGUCAAACUCAAGAUGCAAAAAGCAUCUCUGGACAGAAUUCUCUGGAGUUGCCCAGAAGAUUAGAAAUUGAAUCUUGGGACAAAAAUUACAGUGGCCAUGACAAAGUCAUCCCUGCUGUUGAAGCAGAAUCAGCUGCAACUUCUAAUAGUGAUGCUCAAAAUAAGAGUUUGACUGAAGAGGAGAAUCCUAUGGUUCCUGGCAGUGUCAAAGCUAUACUCAAAGCAAGCAGAAGUGUCAAUGAUGGUAACUCUAAGAUACAAAGUGGAGAACUGAAGUUAGAAAACGGCAGGCAACCUAUUGAGUUAGACGAUGAAGAAUCUAAGAUAAUUAGGUGUUUUCGUGCUGCUCUAAUAGAAUUCGUGAAGGAGUUGAUGAAACCAAUAUGGCAUGAAGGCCGCCUGUCGAAGGAUGUAUAUAAGGUAAUAGUUCAAAAAGCCGAGGACAAGAUUCUGAGCAAUUUAAAACCAAAUCAAGUUCCAAAUUCGUCAGAGUUGAUUAAGCAAUAUCUGUCUUUUUCCCGUCCUAAAAUAUUGAAGCUUAUUCAGGCAUAUGUUGACAAAUAUGGCAGAUUUUAGAAGCACAUAAUGGGUCCUGGUUAUUGUACAGUUUUCUCACCUGCUGAGAGUUACAUAUGAGACUCUCCUGAAUAUGACCAGAACCUUAACUUUAUAAAAUGCCAGUGUAGGUAUUUUUCUUGGGUGUCUUAUAGGUUAGAACAUUUUUAUGCCUUAAGAAUUUCUUUUGGUCGUACAUUAUGUUGAAGAUUUUUGGUCAUUAAAGUGAAGGCCAAGUCAAGUGGAAGCUCUUGGUGUGCAAUAUGCAUUUAUUGCUUUUUUUCUUGCCAUCUUAGUUUCCUUUUAAACGACAAACUUUGAACAUCAUUUUAGCAUAUUGAGACCAAAUAGAUUUUUUUAUGCUCACAAGUUAUGACAUUGGACGAAUGACUUAAAACUAUGCUGUUCAAAUUUGGCGUUAAACUUUGAAUCUGUGUUCACAUGACGUAAUGUUAUGAACAUGGGUGUGGUUUUAGCUCAGGAAAGAAGAGGAUUUGAGUUCGAUUGAUAA